AUGUAUUGUGGGUCAACAUGGAUAAGGAAAUUGACGAUGAAACAGUGCGAUAUAUGUAAAACAAACAAUCCAUUAUGCAAACAAGAAUUUGAGAAAUGGCUCGCAAUGAUGCGACCUUGGGAAAGUGUGCAUAUCGACUUUGCAGGACCAUUUUAUAACUCGAUGUGGUUAAUAUGUGUCGAUGCGUAUUCACAAUUUCCAUUUGUUUGUCAGCUUACAAACAGUGCAACAUCCGAUACAAUAGCAGCUCUAUCGUCGAUUUUUGCAAUAGAGGAGUUACCCGAAACCAUUGUUAGCAAUAAUGGUCCCCAACUAACUGUUAAAAAGUUUGCAAUUUUUUGUAAAAGCCAUGGGAUAAAGCAUGUUACGACUGCAUUAUUUCAUCUGGCUUCUAAUGGAUUAGCUGAAAGGUUCGUUAGAACUUUUAAAACAGGAAUGCUGAAAAAUAUAGAUGGAGGGUUGACGAUUAAAAAUGCUUUAGUAAAAUACUUGUCAACAUAUCGUUUUACACCUAACACAUGGGGUAAAAUACCAGCCGAACUAUUACAUGGUCGUAAGGUACGAACAUUAUUAAGCCAAGUUCGACAAUUUCAUCAACCUUAUGAUAGCAAAAAUAAUUCUAAUGCACAAUUUCAACCUAAUCAGUCAGUUUUUUUUAGAAGUUAUUCAAGAGGGGAAAAAUGGCUGAAAGGAACUAUUAGUCGUCCACUUGGAAAAUUAUUGUAUAUAGUAAAGACAGAUGCUGGGUAUGUGAAACGUCAUUCCAAUCAACUAAGAGCCUACAACGGAACAAAUCAAAGCAAUGAGGCAAUAGAAACUGAUGCAAUUCCUAUAUUAUUCGCGCCAAAAGCUACAAAUGACCAGCCACCAUCAAUCAUGCAACAUCAACCGCAGAAGCUAUGUGAACAGCAACAACAGGAGCAACAGGAUUUUAGAAAUACCUAUCGCAAACGUAAUUGA